UCCCCUGGCUUUGCGCGAGCCUAGGGAAGAAUGGGACAUGCGCGUUCCCCGGGGAGUGGGCCCAUUGUGUGAGGGGGACCAGCGGACAGCUGCUACUGCUUGGGUGGCGCCUCCUCAGGCUGGGAUGGAGCCGUUGACCGUCGCUACCGGGGAAGACGGGCCCGGACCCCCUGGGCCUUCGGAGAGCGGGGGUCUGUCCGCUUCCCAGCGCCGGGCGGAGCUGAGGCGAAGGAAACUGCUGAUGAACUCGGAGCAGCGAAUCAACCGGAUCAUGGGCUUCCACCGGAGCGGGAGCGCCACGGAAGAAGAAGUGAAUACAGAAUCAAAGCAGCGUGACACUGAUAAGCUGAACUCCCUCACUGUUCCUUCAGUUUCAAAGCGUGUAGUGCUGGGUGAUUCUACUAGCCCAGGAACAGUGGACCACCAGGGCGGCAUUACAGAGAUCAAGGGAACCCAACUGGUAGAUAAAAAAGACUCUUUGAUCAAUCCACCUGAGGGGAGUAAUGACAGUAACCUUGAACUUCGUCAUCGGAAAAGAGAUCUUACAACUGAAACUGUCCAGAGAAGCUCUCAGCAUGGCUUAGACCAGUAUCUUUCCAGAUUUGAUGAAGCAAUGAAGUUAAGAAAACAAUUGAUUAGUGAGAAACCUAGUCAAGAGAAUGGAAGUACAGGGGAAGAAUUCGAUACUUUUCGAAUUUUCAGAUUGGUGGGAUGUGCUCUGCUUGCCCUUGGAGUUCGGGCUUUUGUAUGCAAAUAUUUGUCCAUAUUUGCUCCAUUUCUUACUUUGCAACUUGCAUUCAUGGGAUUAUCUAAAUACUUCCCAAAGAGUGAAAAGAAGGUGAAGACGACAGUACUAACUGCUGCACUUUUAUUGUCUGGAAUCCCAGCUGAAGUAAUCAGUCGUUCCAUGGAUACCUAUAGCAAAAUGGGAGAUGUUUUCACAGACCUUUGUGUCUACUUUUUCACUUUCAUCUUCUGCCAUGAACUCCUUGUUUUUUGGGGCUCUGAAGUUCCAUGAAGGCUGUAGACUCCAAAAGAGUAUCUUAUAAAGCCAAUUUUCUGUUCUCUACUACUCUAAGGGAAAGAAACCAGUUUAUACUUUUAUAGCAUUCUUACUUGAUAGGAAUUUUAAAACCGCUGGAUUAUGAAUGGAAUGGCAGGGUCCCCAGUUUAAAAGUUUUGCGGUUUUACUAGUCCUGAUGUGAAGAAUAGAUUACAAGUGUCAUUCAUUUAUUUGUCUUACUCAAUAAGAAGGUGUAUCUGUUGCCCUUGCCUACAUUCCCCUGAGGUUGUAUUCUUUCUUUUUUGGCCCAUAAUAACAUGACUAUGGUCUUUGUGCUCUUUGCAGAACUGUUAAAUAUUGUCUUAGCCAUCCCUAAGAACUGCUUCCAGUAUUUGUUUUUCCUUCUCUUAAAAUAAAUGAGUCCAUCUUCUACAUAAAUUUAAAUUAACUGUGUGUUUUAACCUUCUUGUAUACAGCAUAACAUCUAAUAAUUGACUGAAUUAAACAUUAGCUAAUUUCCUCAUUUUUCCUCAUUGAAAACACAUUUAUUUUCAGUCUACCUAGUAUUUAAUCAAAUAAAAGGAGUUCAUUUAUACCAAAAAAAUUGGAGGAGACUUGGGAAAUUAUCUGUUGUGUUUCUCCUGCUUAAUUAAAAAAUGUUUUGGUUUAGUUUGAGUAAUCAAAAAUAAUGGCAUUCUAAACCUUCAUUAACUCUUGUUGAUUUAGUCUUAUACUAUUCUUAUUUUCUUUCAUUUGAACAAGGAAAUGAUUACUAUUUGAUAACUUAUUGCCUCAGGUGUAUAACCCAAAAGCAUAGGAAAGUUUAUACAUUUUAAUUGACUUUAUAAGCUUAUAUUAAUAAGUGCAGAAAAAGCUUUUGACAAAAUGUAACACUCAUUUCUAUUAAAAAAUAAAUGGUGCUUUCCUUAAAUGGUAAAUAGCAUAUAAAUAAUGAGGAUGGUUUCAGGGAGACCUGGUAAGAUUUGUAUAAAUUGUUGUAAGUAGAACCAGAAAAAGCUAUACAAUAACAAAAAUGUUGUAAGGACAACUUUGAAACACUUAACCCUAAUCAGCACAAUAAUCACAUUUCUAGAAGACUCAUGAAGAAGAAAUGAAGGAAAUUGUUAGAAACUUUUGUCCAACUAUAUUCCAAUAAAAACCAAUGACUUAAAGGAAAUGGAUGCUAUUCACUCCUGAUAGGAAGGUGAUGAAUUCACAGUGUAGAUUGAGACUUUUGGAGGGGGAGGGGGACACAUGGUCAUUGCAGGAAUUUGUUUUGCCUGACUACAUGUUUGUAAUAGAUGUUUUGUUUUUCUUGCCUCAUUAAUGUGGGUUGAGGGGGAGUAUUGGAGGGAGUGAAUGUGAGUCUUUGUAAUAUAUCUGAAGCCAAGAGAAACAUGAUAGGGAAAAACUGGAGGCCUUUCCAUUAAGAUCUGGAAUAAAGCAAGUAUAUUCAUUAUCACCACUAUUAUUUGAUAGAGUACUAGAAAUGCUUACGUUUAAUAAUAAGACAAAAAUUGUAGGAACACAUAAGCAAAACAAUAAUAGUUUUUGCUGAUGUAUCAUAUGAUGGUACACUUGGAGAAACUUAAGUCAAAUAAAAAAUUGAAACAAUAAUUAGCAAAAUUGCAGGAUAUAAAGUAAAUCCACAUAAAUCAUAGGCAUUUUUGAAUAUUACCA